AUGUCGUACGACCUGCCGCAGCCUAGCUGUGACAGCGGAAACUUUGCAAGCUUUUUCGAUAACUGCAAUAAACAUCCAGUCAAUUAUAUACUCCCGGAGAACUACGAGAGAAAGGACACACACCCGUUCAUCGCAGGCGGGUUCGUCUGGACGGGCUGGGACUAUCUCGGCGAGCCGUAUCACCACACGCAGGCGCGCAGCAGCUCGAGCGACGCGCUUGCAAUGGUCCGUGCUCGUGAUAGUGGGAUCCUUACUGUUCGGGCUGGGAGUGAGGAUCUGGGCUCAUCUACACUCACGGUCGAGGCACUGAGUGAGAGCUCGCAUAUACCGGUCUAA